CCAUCCUUUGUGCAGGGCCUUGAUACCAUCUCCGAAUGCCGCCAAUUCAGAACCCUCUUUCCCCCCUUAUACCUGCCGUGGGCUUGGCUAUAUAAAGGCUCUUGCGCCACAGCAGCAGCGGCAGGAGAUAAGGCAGCCCCGGAGACCUGUUUGCAAAUGUCAAGGCGUCCCAGAUGCAAGGAGGAUGAAGACCUUGAAAGUUGCGAAGACGUGGUGCCUGGUCGCCAUCUUCUGCGGCUUGUUGGUUCCAUCGCAAAGUCUUGGGCUGGGCGGUCUUCUUGGUUCAAGCUCAGCAAAGACUGAAAAAGGUGGUGGUUCUGGCAAAGGUGGUCUACUCGGUGGUCUUGGAGGCGGCCUGCUUGAUGCUGUCGGAGGAGGAGCAGUAGAUGGAGUACUUGGUGCUGUUGGAGGUGGCGAUGGAGGUGGCCUGCUCGGCGCUGUUGGUGGUGGAGCAGUAGAUGGAGUACUUGGAGCUGUUGGUGGUGGAGGCGACAGCAAAGGCGGCGGUGGCUUGCUUGGAGCUGUUGGUGGUGGAGGAGGAGAAGGUGGAGGUGGUCUCCUUGGUGCUAUUGGAGGUGGCGAUGGAGGUGGUCUCCUUGGUGCUGUUGGUGGCGGCGAUGGAGGUGGCCUGCUCGGCACUGUUGCUGGAGGAGAUGGCCUGCUUGGUGGUGCUGGAGGCCUUCUUGGCAACACCACUGGUGGUCUACUUGGUGGUGGUGGUGAAUCUGGAGGUGGCGGCCUGCUUGGUGGUGCUCUGGGUGGCAAUCUCCUUGGCAAAGACGGCCUCCUGGGUGGUGAUCUUCUUGGAGGAGAGAACGGCCUUCUUGGUGGAAACCUACUUGGUCUGGGAGGUCUCCUUGGCGGUGGAGGAUCCAAGGAGCCAUUCCAAUGGUUUAAUGCUGUGAACCUUGAGGUUGUUGGAGGAUCCUGGAAGGUCCUCCAUGGGAAUGAACUACAGCUCAACCUACAUGCAACCAUUACUGCUAAUUUGCCAGGGAUGCUCAGUUUUCUCAGCGGAACGUCCGUGGUGAUGGACAUCAGCCCUCACCUGGCGGUCACCCAAGACAAACCGGGAGAUCUCAAGCUGGUCCUUAAGAACUGCCAGGAUAUGGUCGCUGGCUUCAGCAUCAAGCUGCCAAGCAGCUUGCUUGCAAACCUGUUGAGUGGCGUCAUCAAUUCCGGCCUCCGUACCCUCCUGCCUUCAGUGAUGUGCCCAGUGUUCCAACUCUGGUUCAAUGUUGUCAGCAUGCAACUCCAAGCUCUCAACAAAUACGCCUCCUUCGGACUCCUUGGGAAACUCCAGACAGCUCUCGCCAGCGUGCCAAUUUCAACAGGACAGUUUUCUGAAAUGGACUUGAAGGACAAGCCUUUUCCGGGAGCCUUCCUCAAGUGGCUACUCGAAUUUGCCCGUUCUUUUGGUGGACACAAGACUCACUGACGGGCUUCUGCACGCACCCGGUGAGUAAAGAUUCCCCCAA